AUGGGUAAUUGUAAUUUUAAUUCAAAUGAGAAAAUCACAUUGCUAAAUGGAAGACUUAAAUAGAUGAAAUUGCUUACUGACAGAGGAGACUACUCUAUCUAUGAACACAUUGAAGAGGAGAAAUAAUAUGAAUAUUGGGUAUGGAAAUCAGAAAAAGUCACUUUUGAAGAAGCUGAACUAACUGCUUAAGAUAUUCGAUCAUGCGAAUCGAUAACCAAAAUCCAUUAUCACUCAAGAGGUUAUAUAUCUGAAACCUUUACUAAACAAUACAUAUUUGCCAUACUUAUGGAACAUCCUACCUUCAAUUUAUGGGAGUAUUUAUAUAGACAAAAAAUACUCUCCUAAAAUUAGAUCAUAAAUAUGGUAGUUAACAUCAUAGAGGCACAAAGAACAUUAAGAGAUAGUUAUUAAUAUUUGGGGUUCUAAAAUAUAUAUACGAAAGAUGGGAAUUAGUGGAUGCUUAAACCUUUCUAAUAAAAAAAAUCCUUUGUGACCAAUAAUAAACAAUUUGAAGGUUAUCCAGCUCCAGAAGAGUUAAUGAAUAUUAAAUUUGAUGUUGAAAGGGCUACUGUUUUUGGUUUUGGGAUGUUAAUGUUACAUUUAAUUUUAAGUAAUUUCUCAUUCUAAUUUAAAAUUAGAUAAAAGUAAUCAGGAUUUAUAUAUGGCAUCCAGUAUUGACUAGAAUGCCUUAAGUCUUAGAAUCCAAGAAUUAUUAUAGAAGUAAAAUUAUGAUCAAGAGUUCUUAAAAAUAAUUGGUGAGAUGCUAACUAUUGAUCCAAAUUAUAGACCUGAUUAUACAAAGUUAGUUAUUUUAUUAGCAAUCAAAAACAUUGGAUUGUCACCUCAAUAAUAGAAUCACUUGUCAUAAGUUUUAAAUUAAAGUUAAAGGAGCAAGAAAAGUGAAAUCCUUAAUGGAUUAGUUUCAGUACCUAUAGAAAAAGAGAACUAUAUCAUUAAAUUACUUAGCAGUCAAUAAUAGAUGAAAAAAAUAGGUGAAGAAGAAGAGGAAUCAAUGAGUAUAAUAAAUUUUACUUAUUUAGAUUCUGCAAAUAAAUAAGUUGAAGAAGUCAUAAAUACUUACUCUGUCAUUUAUUAUAAUAAUCAUUUGACUUUGAAUGAAUCUUUUGAUUACAACGAUUUUACUAGUGUGAUGAAUUAUGCAACUAGAUAUGAGGGAUAUGUUAAAAACAAAAAGUAUAAAUAUACUUAAAUUAUAGAAAACAUGGUUCAGGAACAUUGUAUUUAUCAAACUAUGAAUAUUUUUAAGGAAAUUUUGUAAAUGAUUUAAUAGAAGGUUAAGGGCAAUUUUAUACUCUCAAUAAGAGUACUGUGAGAGGAGUAUGGAAGGCUCAAAUACUUUAGGCGAGGUUAUCAAUUUCUAGAUUCAAACCCUUAUUCUAGUAACAUUAAUAAAUGAGUGAUAAAAGUAAUGAGAGAACACAGGUUUAAAGUGUAGUAGAAGAUGUAGCUGAGGAAAUAUGGUAUUCAAAUGUUGCUCCGAUAUUUGAUGCAUCUACUUAGUUUCAUUCUGAUAAUAAAUAAUAUAAAACAUAAUAGAGUGAUCAAAUUACAUUUCAUUCAACUGUAGAUUUAAAUAAUCGCAGAUAAGGUAAAUAUCAUAAUUAAACUCAGGUUACAUAUCAAAUGAAGAAGGAAUUGUCAUAUAUGCUGGCUUAUUUUGUGGUAAUCAAUAUGAUGGUUAUGGAGUACUCAAGAAUCUUAAUUAUGAAUAGAUUGAUUUUGUAGAUCAUUUGAAUUUAAACUUAGCUAGCAAAGCGUGGGUUAAAUAUGAUGGCCAAUUCAAAAUGGGAAAGUAAAUAAUUAUAAAAACAAAUUAGAAAAAAUGGGAAUGGCACUUUACACUUUUCUGAUAAGAGCAUCUUUUAAGGAAUAUUUUAAGAUGAUUAAAUAUCUGGAAUGGGAUAAUUUAUUAAUUCAAGAAAUGAGGUUAUAAAUGGUAGAUGGAUCAAUGGAUUAUAUCUAUAAGAGACUAAAUGA